AUGGGUAUCAAAGGCCUUCACGGUCUACUGAAAUCCAUCCAAAAACCAUGUAAUUUGAAGAAAUUUGAUGGGCAGACCUUGGGGAUUGAUGCCUACGGAUGGCUUCACAGAGGCACAGUGGCCUGCGCCACGGAACUGGCCUUGAGCAAGCCCACCACCAGACAUGUCGACUUCGUACUAAACCGUGUUCGCAUGCUCUUGUUCUUUGGUGUGACGCCCUACCUUGUUUUUGACGGCGGCGAUCUACCAAGCAAAUCCGGAACGGAAGCCGAUCGAUUCAAGAAACGAGAAGACAGUCGAAAGCUAGCCUUGGAAUUGCAAAGCAAAGGUCGCGUAGCAGAAGCAUACCAGGAAUUCCAAAAAGCCGUCGAUGUUACACCUGAAAUGGCUCGACAGCUGAUUGAAGAGUUGAAGCGAAUGAAGGUUCAAUACGUCGUCGCUCCGUACGAGGCAGACGCCCAGUUGGUAUAUUUGGAACAACAGGGCAUUAUCAACGGUAUCAUUUCAGAGGAUUCGGAUUUAUUAGUUUUUGGUGCUAAGCGACUUCUCUCGAAACUGGACCAGCACGGCGACUGCAUUGAGAUCAACCGCGGCGAUUUCGCGGCUUGCAGGGAUAUCAGCCUCAUUGGAUGGACUGAUGCCGAUUUUCGUCGAAUGUGCAUAUUGAGUGGCUGCGACUAUCUAUCCAAUAUCCCGAAGAUGGGAUUGAAAACUGCUUAUCGCAGCAUGCGCAAAUACAAGAACGUGGAGAAAGUCUUGAGAGUGCUUCAAUUCGAAGGCAAUUAUCAAGUUCCUGCUGGAUAUCUCGAUAACUUCAGACAGGCAGAGAACACUUUUCUAUACCAGCGUGUGUUCUGUCCCACCGCCCAAAAGUUGGUAACCCUUACUGUCCCGAGCCCUGGCAUGAAGCUGGAGGAGAUGCCUUAUAUCGGCGCGGACUACGAUCCAGAACUCGCAGUCGGUGUUGCAUGUGGCGAUUUGCAUCCUGUGACCAAGGAGACCAUCAAGUAUAUUCCGUCUUUUGCCUCAAGGGCCAUGCCGGGCUUGUUGAGAAGACAAACUCUAGCAUCCUCUGCUGAACUCAAGCCUCGCAAGCCCAUCGACUCGUUUUUCACACCUAAACGCAUGCCUCUUGCUGAGUUGGACCCGAAUAGUCUCACUCCAUCUCCUAGUCAGCAACGUCUACUUGAGCGUCAUGCCAACAAUUCAUGGCAGCCUAGUCCCAUUAAUGCGCCUGGAGGGCUGACCCGCUCGAAUUCUUCUGCUUCGUCGAGUCGUCACUUCAGCAGCACACCUAGAAAUGUUGAGAGAGAAUCUUUUCUCGCACGAGCUGCCAAGAUCUCCUCGGCGCCACCUGCGACGAAACGUCCGCGACUGUGUUCCGAUGCAGGUGAUGAUACACUUCCGACUCCACCUGAACAAGCAAGAAGUCGCUUCUUCACCAGCUCGUCUGCACAACCCAGUCCCAGUGGCCAGAAAUUGUCGCGGACAAAGAAAGCUCGACGAUCGACGUUUGGUGUCUUCUCAGAUGAGUUGGCCGAAGACAUAAUGCUUCAACUUUCUUCUGAAACACCUGAUUCGUCCAACUCGACUGAUAAAGCAGAGUCUGAGCAGUCAUCACUUAUUAGUACCUCGACGGAGGCAUUUGACACACCAGAAGGGGCUCAGACUCCGGCUGACGAUUGUGCUGAGGGGCAGUCUUGCUCUGUCGUGGAGGUUGGCAGUCUUACGGAGAAGACAGAUACUUCAACUCACGGGGAGAAUAUUAGCGUGAAACAAUCUGUCACCAUCGAUGAUGAUCCAAAGUUAUUUAACCAAGUGUUGAAGGCACAUGUUCAAAAGCAAAAUGCGUCUUUGCUUUCAAAGUUUGUUUUCAAGGGAAGUGCCAGUCUACCUGUGCCUCUCCAGACCGAGAAGCAAUCGCCCUUUCCCUUUGCCACAUCGCAUACUCGCUCUCCGCCGAGGCUCGUCGGACAUUCACUAAACCGAGGUGGCUUACUCCGUCGCAGGCUUACUCCUCUUCAAAGACUGGGACAAAGUGCACUAUCAAGGUCCAAAUCCAUGGACACCAUUACGACGCAGCAGAUGCUGACGAAAGCUGCUGGUGACUCAGGCCACGAGUCUGAUCUAGCAAGAGACAUGCUUGAAGAGGCUGAUCUGAAAGCCAACCACCAAGGAAGCGAAGAUCAAAUAAUUCCCAGCAGCGAUGGGGAAGAGUCAGAAGAAGCUUUGGACAGCAAUCUACGGCCAAAGGCGCUGAACUUGAAGCGAUUCUCUUUUAUUCCGAAAUAG